CCUCCUUGUCAGCUGUUCGAGUCGCUUAGAAAACAUCUUUGCUAGAAUAUUGUCUGCCCUGCUCCGCUCAGUAUCCUCAGCAAUCGAGGUUGAGCUAGGGAUUGUGCUGUGACCUCACGCCAUUUGAACCGUUGCCACGAUGACUACCACUACCAGAAAGAUUACCUUGAACCCUCCGAACACAACGAGCUUCCAGCCGAGCAUCAGCUUGGAUCACAUCAUAGGCACUUGGCAUGUAACACAUUCUACCUUGCCGCUGUGGAAAAACAAAAAAGACGUAACAAUAUCCUACACCGAACCUACCUAUACCCCCUCCGGUUCUCCCCAAUCUUUCAACGACAUAGUCGAAUAUCGCUCCCUCUCCUCUCCACCAAGCAAACCACGUACUGUGAUCAAUGGCGUGGACACCUUGGAUCUUGCCUCGCCAGAGUCGGCACCUACGAGGUUCAAGUGGCGGGGAAAGGGGUGGUUGAUGAUCGCGAGCUCGAAGUGGCAGCUGUUGGGGUAUAACCCGCCCGGUGAGGAUGGAGAGGAAUGGGCGGUGACGUUCUUCGAGAAGACAUUGUUUACGCCACCGGGGCUAGAUGUAUAUGCGAGGACGGAGAAGGGACUGCCAGAGGAUUUGAUCAAAGGAAUCGUAGAAAGUCUAAAAGGCCUCGGGAAUGAGGAGAUUACAAAGUUGGCGGAUACGUUCUUCGAGGUCCAGAGGAGCGGCACGAGCCAGUGAUGCUUUCUGUAGGCCGAGAACUGCUCCUAUGAGUUCAUCCUUCUCCAUGAAUUGGCGAGCCACACGAAUCCAUAUGCCUUUCGAUAGCAGGCGGUCAAUCGCCUCUAUGUUUACGGCUGACAUAUACAUGGACUUCAGGGGCACUGAAAUUUGCCGUUCCCUUCAUCUGCGCUUCCACUCCCAUCCAUACGCCGCGUCAUCCACGAGACAACGGCAAACUGCAUUGAACGAUGUCUAUGUAAAACGGAGUACGCUACUACGUAUGCCACAUACAGAUAUAUCCACUCAAUAGCUACUCAAACUCGAAAACCGACGUGAC